AAAUAUGACAUCACGGGGCGAGGCCGCGCCGCUCUAUUAUGACGCGUUCAUUGUGCGUCGUUUCGUAUGCGUUUAGGAGUAAAAUCAAAAACGCAGUUUCCUUCCGAGAUGUCGUCUGGAGCCGAUGAGUCUCCACCAUUGGCAUCAUCAUCAUCAUCAUGUGGACAAAAGUCAGUUAGGAGGUCUCCUCGUCUGCCCCCUCAGGGAGGCGUGGUUCAAGGUAAUCAGCGGAAGAAGAAAAGUGGCAGCUUGCAGGAGGCAAAGAAGAAAGGGAGAAUGUCGAGGAACCGAGAAGACCGCGACGAGGAGCUUCAGGUGGAACUGCAGCGGCUGGACCUGUCCAGCAGGUCAUCCGCCAGUGGAACAGGUUUGGUUUAUUCUGAGACCUUCACCCGACAUCGGAACCUGUGGGACCCCAAUCACGUAGAAAGUCCAGCCAGAGUGACAUCCAUCAUGGAAGAGUUGGACAGACAAGGGCUGCUGUCACGCUGCGUUCAAGUGCAGCCCAGAGCAGCCACUGAUGAAGACCUUCUACUCGUGCACACGAAGCACCACAUCGAGCUGAUUAAGUCCACUCAAACCAUGUCUGAAACAGAACUGCAUCGCUUUUCUGACAAAUAUGAUUCCGUUUAUAUCCAUCCGGAGACCUUCCAGGUGUCCAUUUUGGCGGUGGGUUCGGUGCUCCAGCUAGUUGACCAGGUGUUGACAUCCGAACUGAGAAACGGCUUUGCUGUCAUCAGGCCUCCAGGACAUCACGCUCAGUCAAACGAGGCCAACGGUUUUUGUGUUUUCAACAACGUGGCCAUUGCAGCUCGUUACGCUCGGAGCAAACACAAAGUCAAAAGGGUGUUGAUCGUGGACUGGGACGUUCAUCACGGUCAAGGUGUCCAACGUGCGUUCCAGGACGACCCCAGCGUGCUGUACGUGAGCCUGCACAGGUUUGACCGGGCUGCCUUCUGGCCUCACCUGCCGGAGUCUGACAGCACAUUUGUGGGCGGCGCCCCCGCCGAAGGACGAAACAUCAACCUGGCCUGGUCCGCGGCCGGAAAAGGCGACGCCGACUACAUGUGUGCUUUCCAGCGACUGCUGCUUCCGGUCGCCUACGAGUUUCAGCCGGAGCUGGUUCUGGUGUCUGCUGGUUUUGAUGCCGCACUGGGGGAUCCCAAGGGCCAGAUGUGCGUGAGUCCCGAAUGUUUCCAGACACUAACGCACAUGCUGAUGUCUUUGGCAGAAGGUCAACUCAUUUUGGCUCUGGAGGGAGGUUACGACCUGCAGGCGACAGCGAAGGGUGCUGCCGCUUGCGUUCGUGCCUUGCUGGGGGGAGCCUGUGCACCAAUGGCUCCGCCCACUGCUCCCUCUGACUGUGCCCUGAAGUCCAUCUCUGAGAGCAUCUCAGCUUUGUAUCCAUAUUGGACCUCACUUCAAGUGCUGGAGGGCGACCAUCAUGCUGAAGGACAAGUCCUCAGAUUAGCAACAGACGAGGUGUGCCCGCCGUGUCCCGCUGCCACGACAACGGGCCUGGUAUACGACGAGAGAAUGAUGGAGCACCUGAACCUGUGGGACAGGCAUCACCCCGAGCAGCCGCAAAGAAUCUUCAAGAUCUUCUCAAGGCAUCAGGAGCUCGGUCUGGUGGAACGUUGCCGGCGCAUUCCGUCUCGCUUCGCCACCGAGGAGGAGCUCGCCAUGUGUCACACUGCGGACCACAUCCGGCGGAUGAAGUCGACCUCUACAAUGAAGAACAGGGAUUUGCACCAACUGGGCCAAGAGUUCAACUCCAUCUACAUCAACAAUCAGAGUUUCAAGUCAGCCCUGCUGGCCGCUGGAAGCUGCUUCAACGCCGUGGACCACAUUAUGACCGGACAGGUGAGAAGCGGCGUGGCUAUCGUGCGGCCCCCCGGCCAUCACGCCGAGAGCGGGACGGCGUGCGGUUUUUGUUUCUUCAACACGGCGGCGCUCGCCGCUCGCCACGCGCAGAAGACUUGCCGGCGCGCGCCCGUCCGAGUUUUAAUCCUGGACUGGGACGUUCACCACGGCAACGGCACGCAGCACAUGUUUGAAGACGACGACAGCGUCCUCUACGUCUCCCUCCAUCGCUACGACGACGGCGACUUCUUCCCGUCCUCGGACGACGCCGCCCCGGAUCGGGUGGGAGUGGCCAAGGGGGCGGGCUUCAACGUCAACGUGGCAUGGAGCGGCGGCAGGAUGGGUGACGCCGAAUACCUCGCCGCCUUCCACCACGUCGUCAUGCCGAUCGCCAUUGAGUUCAAUCCAGGUCUGGUGUUGGUGUCGGCCGGAUUCGACGCCGCGCGGGGAGACCCUCUGGGCGGAUACCGCGUGACCCCCGAGUGCUACGCCCACCUCACCCACAUGCUGAUGUCGUUGGCGGGUGGCCGAGUUUUACUCAUACUGGAGGGCGGUUACAACUUGACGUCCAUCUCCGACUCCAUGGCCAUGUGCACGAGCGUGCUGCUGGGUGAUCCUCCCCCUUCGCUGGCGACGCCCCUCCCACCACCUCACGACGCCGCCGUGGCAGUCAUCAAUGAGGUCAUCCGGCACCACGCCCCCUACUGGAAGUCCUUGCGGAUAAACAUCCCCGAAUCCCUGCGAGCAGCUAUACCUUCCCCGAGCGCUCAUCGGAGGCGCAGUGGAAAAAGCAAAGGCAGGAGGUCAAGACAGAGUGGUCCAGAGCAACCACCCCUGCCCCCUGCUGGACUGGAGGGCAACACAGCGGACCACAGUUUGGACCAGCUCACUCAAGGUUUGGCCAGCUUGGACAUCAGUCCAAGCGCGCACCCGCCCGACGUGGAAGCCGAGUCAAGUGAAGUGACGUCUGAGCAGAACCGGUCCGGGACCGAGUCAGGUCACGUGUCCCCUGAGCACAGCCGAUCAGCAGAAAGCUCACAGCCAGCGGUCGUCAUCGUCCCCGCACCGACAGAUGUUGACCCUGGGGAGGAGGCGGAGCCUGGGGGAGCGUGCGGUUGGUCCAAGCCUCAGGGAACUUUGGAGCUGACGUGUGGCGUGCAGAUGGCUCCCAUGUAUGUGGUGGACCCUCUGUCCUGGUGUCCUCACCUGGACGCCAUCAAGCCCCUCCCCCCAUCUGGUAUCGAUAUCUUCCAGCACUGUCAGGACUGUGCCUCGAAGGCAGAGAACUGGAUCUGCCUCACCUGCUACAAGGUGGCGUGCGGCCGCUACGUCAACGAGCACAUGUUGAUGCACGCUGCGACGGCCGAUCAUCCGGUGGUGCUGAGUUUCUGCGACCUCUCCGUGUGGUGCUAUGCGUGCGAGUCCUACGUGCACAACCAGGCCGUGUUUGAAGCGAAGAGCGCCGCCCACCGCGCCAAGUUCGGAGAGGAGAUGCCACCCUGGAGUUAGGAGAACCAAGAUGAAAAUGAAGCGUGCUCACAUUUGUACAUAUUUGAUCAUUUUUUAUUACUUCCACCUACUUUCAACAACAUUUUAACUUGAUAAAAUGCACUUCCAAUGAUGAGCGUUUUCACCUGCGCGAUGUCUCGAAACGGGCGGACUCACAUCGCUCUGAGAGAGCGAAAAGAAGACGACACCCUCCCCAAAUGAGAGGCAAGGGCGUGCUUGCCUCCGGCAGGUUUUUGUCACUCCCAGUUGAAGUUUACCAUAAAACUGACACAUUAAAGGAAACGGAAUUGACUAAACUAAAUAUCACAAACGUCGUCUAGCUUCAUGCUAACAUACGGUAGGAAAAGCCAUGAGCGGGCUAACGGGGCUAAAAUAGUGACGCUAUUUCUAAACCCUGAAACCACACCCGGAGAAGCAAUACAAAGCAGACGGGGAUACUCAAAGCUCGAAGGAAAACUUUCGCUCUACUUCAUGGAAACUGGGACUGUCCAUCUUUGCCUUCUACCCAAUGAAUCGUGUUGACGUUAGGAUGUUGAGGUUGCCGUGGCAACUUGAGGAGUUUGUUGUGCAAUCAUGUUUCUAUACAACAAUAAUCAUUAAAAAAAUGUUUUUUUAAGGUUAAA